UACGGACGGGGGAAGAAUCCGACCACCCCUCUUGUUCACCAUAAUCCCCAUCAUCGAACCGACGGAGAAGCCAGGGAGAGUACUAUUGAAUGACCGACAAACAUGGCAGACGCCUCGAAAGAACUCGAUGCCUCUGGAUCCUCCAACCCACCGUCCCUCUCCCGGAAGACAUAUCCUAUUGCCGGGAUUCUCACCUCGGUCUUUGGUCUCGAUGAAUUGCCGGAGCAAACUUCAGAGGUAGCCUGUUUGUGGCUAUUGCAUCAGAGACUGUCUACCCAAGAACGCAUGGAGAAGGUUGCUACAGCUGUCAUUACGGACUGGAACACUAGGAUCCGGGAGAACGGUGCCAGCUCCAGCCAGCCCGUCAAAGGCCUCAUCGCUGUCGCGUUCGAUCAAAGGAAUCAUGGGACAAGGCUGGUGGACCCGCUAGGAAACGAGUCAUGGAAACAAGGAAAUCCCCGGCAUGCGCAGGAUAUGUUUUCUGUCUUCCAGGGGACGGCGCGAGAUGUGUCUCUUUUGAUUGACUAUCUUCCAUCCUUCUUGUUCCCCGAGUCCGACCGCAAGAUCACCGACAACCUCGUACUGGGAAUUUCUCUAGGCGGGCAUGCCGCAUGGAGCUGUAUUCUGCAUGAACCCCGCAUUAGCGCCGGAGUAGUCAUCAUCGGCUGCCCUGACUACGUGAAUCUGAUGGCAGACCGUGCAAGGCUGUCGAAGUUGCCGUCCUGGACGAACGGUGACCCCCCUGGCUCCCAAUUUCUAGGCUCUAGAGAUUUCCCCCCCUCUCUGUUGGACGCCGUCCGCAAGUAUGACCCUGCAGGCCUGUUUCUCAAUUACGUGGAUACGAAGGCGGCCAUCAGUCCUCUGCGCACUGGGCCUUUACCGGAGCCCACUGAAAGCGAGAAGGUGGCAUUGCGACCACUGUUGGCUCGUUCCAUAGCUGGGAAAAGAAUUCUCAACUUGUCGGGUGGUAUAGACAAGUUGGUACCUUACCACCGGGGGGAAGUAUUUCUGAGCUGGCUGAAGCAGGCUGUUGCGUCUAAUGGUUGGUUUGCGGAUGGAGCGGUCACCUUUGAAGAUAUCAUUGAUGAGAACGCUGCACAUGAGACGACCCCCAAAAUGGUCGAUGAAGCGGUUCGAUUCAUUCGUGAUACCCUGGAUGCCAGUAGCAAAAGUCCGGAAACGCUGGGUUCCGUACGCGAAUCUAAGAUCUAGGCCACGUUACUCCCAGCCUUCUCGGCUUAACAAAUAUACUCAAAUUAGUACCCGU